AUGGUGCACGCGCGUAAUCGCCCGGGCAAGGGCAAGGUCAAGGUCUCGCGCAAGUCCAAGCCGAUCCGCAAGUACAAGACCAAGUUUGUCGGCGACGGCGAGAUCAAGAAGCUCUGGGACCACAAGCUCACGACCAAGCAAAACUACGAAAAGAUUGGGCUCAACCGCGACCCGAACGCGAUUGCGCAGAUCCGGGCGUGCACGGAAGAGAUCAUCGACCCGGAAGAGCUCUUUGAUGUGCCCGACUCGGACAUCCUCAACCUCAACGACGAGCGCAAUCACAAGAAGGCCGAGAACCACAUGUCGGAGAUGGAGGUUGCCUACUUGCGCCCACUCCUCGCCAAGUUUGGCGACGACUACGCCGCAAUGGCCCGCGACAUCAAGAUCAACAACGAGCAGUGGACCGAGUCCAAGCUCAAGCGGCGGUGCGCGCGCCUCAAGCUCGUCGAUGCCAAGAUCAUCAAGUAG